UUGUGGACACUCCCUCUUGAAGUUAACGAGGCAGGAAACCGCGACCAGAACCAGAACCAGAACCCGUCUUCUUCUUCUUUCAUUGGGUCUAACCACAACAUGGCCUACCCGGGAUACGGUGCUGCCCACGGAGCGCAGGAUCCUCUGUACGGGUAUUUUUCAGCUGUAGCUGGACAGGAUGGACAGAUCUCACCGGACGAGCUGCAGCGCUGCCUCACACAGUCUGGCUUCUCUGGAUCGUACAAACCUUUCUGCCUGGAGACCUGCAGACUGAUGAUCAGCAUGCUGGAUAGGGACAUGUCCGGCACCAUGGGCUUUAAUGAGUUCAAGGAACUGUGCCAGGUUCUGAACGGCUGGAAGACCACCUUUGCAUCAUACGACCGGGACCGCAGUGGAACGAUGGAGGGCCCCGAGCUGCAGCACGCCAUCAGCGCCAUGGGUUUCAACCUGAGCCCUCAGGCCAUGAACAUCGUCAUGAAGCGCUACAGCACCAACGGCAGAAUCGGCUUUGAUGAUUUCAUGAGUUGUUGCAUAAGGCUCCGUGGCCUGACUGAUCAUUUCCGACGGCGAGACACAACCCAAGCUGGUGCGGCCAUGUUUCACUACGAUGAUUUUGUCCAAGUCUCCAUGAGCUUAUGAGGAUGAAAACCCGAGACCGAUGGGACACACCGGCCUUUUAAAACCAUUUCAUGUUAACCGCAUCUACUUACAGCAUGUAUGUUUUUUAAUCGAGUUAAAACACCACUGUCACAUUCCAUUUCUACUUUUUUUUAAAAACAAAUAAUGCAUUUUGUACCAAACUUAUAAGAACUAUUGUAACCUCAGUCUGUACCAAUGACAAAGCAGUGCCUGUAUACUGGAGGACGUUAUUACCAAUCUACAUGUUAACUUUUUCUUCGAGAGUAACCAUGUUAGCUCAUAGCAGACAAAGGAGUGUGAACACGUAUGAAAUGAAUUAAAAUGUCAACCACUAAUGUGUAACGUCA